ACGACAGUGUAGAUCACGAAUCAUUGGCAAACCGUUAGCGCAUGAUGGACUCCGAAGAUCUCGAAGAUUUUAUGAAAAAUUUCGAUGAUGAUGUAUUUCUUCCAUUUGAUACUUCCAACAGUGUGCAGUUACGAUCAGGAAUGAAGGCACACAGUGAUGACCCUAUGACAUCAUGCUCUAUAAACGAAGAUUCGUCAUUUAUGCCGCCUGAAGUUAUUGCUGACUAUCAACAUAAUAUUCCUUCAACGGCAGAAAUGGUUGGGAAUUACAAUUUUCAUGUCGAACUUGGUAACCAGUCAAAAAGAGUUGCGAAUCCUGAAUGGGUAUACAAGAACAACAAGCUUUAUAUCAAAGCAGGAACAUUGUGUCCCAUCAUCUUCUCCGCGUCCUCAUGUAUUCCGCAACCUUGUAACAUUAGAAUCAUGCCAGUAUUUAAAAACCCAGAAGACGUUCGUGAUAUCGUACGAUGUUGUCCAAACCACACUAUGGAUAACGUUGACAAGACAAGUUUUUCAUCAGUAAAGCAUUUUAUAAGAUGUGAGAAUGAACAAGUGUUAUACAAAGAAUGUCCAAUGACUGGAAGACAUUAUCUCUCAAUACCAUUUAAUGCAAGUCAACGAGACACGCAUUCAAAGACCGUAAGCACUCAUGAACUGCUAUCUUUCGUCUGCAACAAUUCUUGUGUUGGUCUCAAUCGACGUCCAAUUCAAAUUAUCUUUGAAAUGACCCAUGGGCAAUCAAUUAUGGGACGAGGUUUACUUGAAGUACGAGUCUGUGCAUGCCCGGGUCGUGAUAGUAACUUGGAUGAGAAAACACAAAAGCAACCAUUUCGAAGGAAAAGAAGAAUGCCAAAUUCAGAUGAAACUACAGUGGAUCGAUUAUACUUUGAAGAACCUCCUUUCCUUACCCCUAUAAACAUGCCAACAACAUCAGAGAACAAUGAAACACCACCAAAAAAGAAAAAGACAGCUGGGGAGAACUUUUAUUUAAAGAUAAAUGGAAGACAAAACUUUGUGAUUAUGGAAAGAAUAGCAAAAGCACUUGAACUGUUCACAAGCAUGGAAAAGAGAUUUUUUUCAAAGAACUUUCCAUUUCAAGUGUUAGAACAAAUCCAAAGAAGAAGCAAUGAGUGCCCAGAAUACCCAGAAGCUGACUCAACAGUGUAUAGGCGUAAUCUAACUCACGAAAACAUGUCAUUCAACAAUACACAUCAAACAAUACCAAGUCCUAACAUUGGUAUACCUGCACAGUGGGCAGACAGUACCCAGCAACAUUCAAUACAGAAUCAAGCAGCUACCACAUCUCAAAAUAUGCAAAUAUCGUAUUCUAACCACACAGUGCAACGCACACUUGUGACCUAGACCCUGUUUUGCUUGGUUUACUUCCAUGUAAUUUUAACUACCAUGGAGCAGCCCUUCUAGUUCUAUUUUCUAUGGCUUUAUAUACAAGUAUGAAGCUCUCUUGGAACGACUUAUUGCGAUCGAAUAACUAUGCACGUACACUUUAUGGCAUUACGGGACUUGGGAUGGAUCAACAACAUUAAUGGACUUGGGAUGGCUGAUCAAAAAGUGUUUUUAAGCAUAACUGAAUAUCAUAUAUAAAAAAUGUGUAAAAAUAACUGUAUAUUUUUAAAAACAUGACAUUCAUUUCGAAAAUAUUAGCCAAAAACGUAUAAUAAAUUCAAAUGUAUUUUUAAAAUAUAGCAGAACAUGACUAUAGGUGCCAAGUAUACCAGGUCUACUUGUAAGAAGUAUAUUGCAACAGCAGGACUUUGUAACUGGUUUCACCUCAGCUAGGUGCAGUAUAAAUUACACCGUUAUGGUGCCACAUUUCUGUCAUUUCAGAAUUAGGCACUUUUUGCCGAGAUCCUAAACUUGUAUUGAAAACUAUACAACAAAAUAUUAAAUGGAAGUUUUAAAGUUAUAAUUCCUACUUUUAA